CGACCACAGGAAGUAAGUUUCGGGCUCCUCCGUGCGCGCUUCUCUGUGCGGGACCCUCAUCUCCACGUCCCGACCGAGCCGCGAUUUCUCAGCUCCUUCCGGAGAUGGACAAUGGCGGGGAGUCGCCCGCAGACAAAAGUGGGGAGACGGGAGAGUCAGAUGAGCCGACCGCUGCUCCCAGAGAGCCAGGGCCUACGGACACCGAUGGAGUACCUGAAGAAACGGACGGGGACGGAGACGCGGACCCGAAAGAGGCCGCAGCGGAGGAAGGCGAGCUCAAGAGUCAGGAUGCCUCAGAUUUAACAGCAACUGAAAGGGAAGACACAUCACUACUUACUCCUGCUGCCAAAAAGCUGAAAAUAGAUACCAAAGAAAAGAAAGAGAGGAAGCAAAAGGUGGAUGAAGAUGAGAUUCAAAAGAUGCAAAUCCUGGUUUCUUCGUUUUCUGAGGAGCAGCUGAACCGCUAUGAAAUGUAUCGCCGGUCAGCUUUUCCUAAAGCAGCCAUUAAAAGGCUAAUCCAGUCCAUCACUGGCACAUCUGUAUCCCAGAAUGUUGUUAUUGCUAUGUCUGGUAUUUCCAAGGUUUUCGUCGGGGAGGUAGUGGAAGAAGCCCUGGAUGUGUGUGAGAAGUGGGGAGAAAUGCCACCACUACAGCCCAAACACAUGAGGGAGGCUGUUCGAAGGUUGAAGUCAAAGGGGCAGAUCCCUAACUCAAAGCACAAAAAAAUAAUCUUCUUCUAAAACCAAUCCUGGAAAGGCCCAUUGCUGACAGGGGAUGUCCUGGUGCUUCAGUAAGUAGCUGUCUUCUGAAUAUUCCAUGGUGACAAUUUUCAUGUCUUUAUCCAAACAAGUAUUCAUUGCACCUAAAAGGCAUACAGUCUACUUCAGAUUUGUAAUUAAUUUUGGCCUCUUAUGACAUUUGAGGUAUUUCAGUCUCUCAGCUCAUUGGAAGGUUCAUGGAUCUUCAGCAUCUUUUAAACAGACGUGCUGCUUUCAGACAAAACCCUGAGAAUUCUGAUGGUGGUUUCCCAUUGAAGCUUAAACUUGCUAUUUAAAAAAAGUUAUUACCUCUGGUUUUCAGUAGAUGAAACAACCAGAAACUAUCACUUGUGAUACUUACCAUGGAAGAUAUGAUGGUUAGUGAAAUAAUUUGUGCUUGUUAACACUAAAAAUUUUCUGUGACUUUUGAUGAUCAUUAAACUUUUCCAACUUGA